AUGACUUUGUUAUUGUUCAAAAGUUACAACACUCUUGCUACAAUUACCAAGUCUUUUGCAUUACAAAGUACUAUUAGUAAUCGCUAUUUACAAUCUGAAGUCCUAAAAGGAUUGCUGCUGCCAAAGAACACAAGGUUACCUGUGAAUCCAAGAUUUUUUGCCACUAUGAGUUCUGAAAAACCUUCUACUAGUGAGUUGGCCUCCAAAUGGAAUGCUACUACUGUCAGAAACACUUUCCUUAAGUAUUUUGAAGAUAAGCUUCAACAUAACUUUGUGAAAUCUUCUCCUGUGGUGCCAUUCGAUGACCCAACUUUACUUUUUGCCAACGCUGGGAUGAAUCAAUACAAGCCAAUCUUUUUGGGUACCGUCGACCCAUCAUCUUCUUUCUACACUUUGAAAAGAGCCGUUAAUUCUCAAAAAUGUAUCAGAGCCGGUGGUAAGCAUAACGAUUUAGAAGAUGUUGGUAAGGACUCUUACCAUCACACUUUCUUUGAAAUGUUGGGUAACUGGUCCUUUGGUGACUACUUCAAAGAUGAUGCUGUUCCAUAUGCCUGGAACUUGUUGACUAAAGUUUACGGGUUGGAUCCAGACCGUCUUUACGUGACUUACUUUGGUGGUGACGAAAAAUUGGGAUUGGCUCCAGAUUUAGAAGCCAAGAAAGUGUGGGAAAAGGUCGGAGUGAAGGAAGAUCAUAUUUUGCCAGGUAACACCCAGGACAACUUCUGGGAAAUGGGUGACCAAGGUCCAUGUGGUCCAUGUUCUGAAAUUCACUACGAUAGAAUUGGUGGCCGUAACGCUGCCAGCUUGGUUAACAUGGAUGAUCCGGAUGUGUUGGAAAUUUGGAACAUUGUGUUUAUUCAAUUCAACAGAGUCUCUGCUACUGAAUUGCGUCCAUUACCAGCCAAACAUAUUGACACCGGUAUGGGUUUUGAAAGAUUGGUCAGUGUUCUUCAAGAUGUUAGAUCCAAUUACGAUACCGAUGUUUUCAUCCCAUUAUUUGAAAAAAUCCAAGAAUUAACCGGGGUCAGAUCCUACGCCGGGAAAUUUGCUGAAGAAGACAAGGAUGGUAUUGACACUGCUUACCGUGUGUUGGCUGACCAUGUUCGUACUUUGGCCUUUGCUAUUUCUGACGGUGGUGUUCCAAACAACGAAGGUAGAGGUUAUGUCUUGAGACGUAUUCUUAGAAGAGGUGCUCGUUACGCCAGAAAAUACAUGGGUUACCCAAUUGGUGAAAAGCCAUUCUUCAGUUUGUUGUUCCCAACCUUGAUGGAACAAAUGAACGAAAUUUUCCCAGAAUUGAAGAAAAAUGAAAAGACCAUUAUUGAAAUCUUGAACGAUGAAGAACUUUCAUUCGCUAAAACUUUGGACCGUGGUGAAAAGUUGUUUGAAACUUACGCUACUGCUGCUUUGAAAACCGAAUCUAAGACUUUGAAUGGUAAGGACGUUUGGAGACUUUAUGAUACUUAUGGUUUCCCAGUUGAUUUGACCCAAUUGAUGGCUGAAGAAGCUGGCUUGAAAAUCGAUGAAACUGGUUUCGAAAAGGCCAAGAAAGAAUCUUAUGAAGCUUCUAAGGCUGGUGGUGCUGGUAACAAGAAAGAAAUGAUCAAGUUAGAUGUCUAUGCCAUCGACAAACUUCAUAAAGAGGCUGAUGUUGCCAAGACUAAUGACUCUUUCAAGUACACCACCAACGGAGUUGAUGCUAAAGUAUUAGCUAUUUACAACGGUUCUGAAUUUUUGGACUCUGCUGCUGACGAAGGUAUGGAAUUGGGUGUUGUUUUGGAUAAGACUUCAUUCUAUGCGGAAUCUGGUGGUCAAGAAUACGAUACUGGUGUGAUCAGUUCCCCAGAAUUCGAAUUUGAAGUUUCUAAUGUCCAGCUUUAUGGUGGUUAUGUUUUGCACACUGGUAAGCUCGUUAAAGGUUCUAUCAAGCUUGAAGCUCCAGCCACUGCCACUUUUGACGAUUCAAGAAGAUUGCCAAUCAAGAACAACCACACCGGUACUCACGUUCUUAACUAUGGUCUUAGAGAAGUUCUCGGAGAUGGUAUCGACCAAAAGGGUUCUCUUGUUACCCCAGAAAAAUUGAGAUUUGAUUUCUCUCACAAUAAAGGUUUGACUUUGGACGAAAUUGCUAAAGUUGAAAAGAUUGUCAAUGCAUACAUUGAAGCCGAUAAUGUGGUGUAUUAUAAGGAUGUUCAAUUGGACUUGGCUCAAAAAAUCUCUGGUUUAAGAGCUGUUUUCGGUGAAACUUAUCCUAACCCAGUUCGUGUUGUUUCCAUUGGGGUUCCAGUUGAUGAAUUGCUUGCCAAUCCAGAAAACCCUGAAUGGAGCAAAUACUCUGUGGAAUUCUGUGGGGGUACCCAUGUCAACAGCACCAAGGUGAUCAAGCAAAUGGUGGUGAUUGAAGAAAGUGGUAUUGCCAAGGGUAUUCGUCGUAUGGUUGUGGUUUCUGGUGAAAAGGCUUUUGAAGUCCAAAAGAUUGCUGGUAAAUACGAGGAAGAAUUGUCCGAUUUGGAAAAAAUGUCAUUUGGUGCUGCCAAGGAAAAGAAGAUCAAGGAAUUGGGAGUGGAAAUCAAGAAGCUUUCAAUUUCCAUGUUGGAUAAGGAAUCUUUGAAGACCAAAUUUGCCAAGAUUGACAAAGCUUACAAGGAUGAAUUGAAGAAGAUCCAAAAGGAGCAAUCUAAGAAGGUUCUUGAUGAAGUUAAGGCUCAUUUUGCCGCUCCAGAGAAUGCUUACUUUGUCAAAUACCUUGAUUUAUCCGCGAAUGCCAAAUUGAUCAAUGAAUGUAUUACAUUUAUCAAGAAGUCACACAAGGACAAAUCACUUUAUUUGAUUCUUGGUGACAAGUCCGAAGGUAAAUUGGCCCACGGUUGUUAUAUUUCUAACGAAGCCAUUGCUAAAGGUGUCGUUGCUACUGAAGCUGCUGGAGUUGUCAGCAAGUACAUUGGUGGUAAAGCUGGUGGUAAAGGCAACACCUGUCAAGGUAUGGGUACUGAAUUUGGGCACAUUGAUGAAGCUGUUGAAGAACUUUCCAAAUUGUUCAGUGAAAAGUUGUGA